AUGGUAGGUCUGUCCUCUACAAUUCAAUUUUCUUCUGUUUAGUCCACUAUCUCGAAGAGACCAGCAGGCACAGUUCAUUCUAAGAAACAAUCAGACUUCGCAUCAAGGCCAAACGCUGCUGCCGAGGUUCUGCACCUCCUAUAAUCUAUAUGCGUACUCUAACUUUUUAGACGCAGGAAAUUAAAGAUGCGUUUGACCUGUUUGAUGUAGACAAAACUGGUUUUAUCGACACUAAGGACCUAAAAGUUGCCAUGCGCGCACUUGGUUUUGAGCCGAAAAAAGAGGAGAUUAAGAGACUAAUUUCCGAAUACGAUCCCGAGGCUAAAGGUUCUCCACGCUAACUCAGCCCUAACAGACCCGAUAGGUCAGCUAGCCUAUGCAGAUUUCCAUCGAAUGAUGUCAGUAAAGAUGCAAGAUAAAGAUGCCCGAGAAGAAGUCCUAAAAGCUUUUCAUCUGUUUGACGAUGAUGAGACUGGGAAGAUAUCCUUCAAAAACCUCAAGCGUGUUGCCAAGGAAUUAGGUGAGAAUCUGACCGACGAAGAGUUGCAGGUACUUCGACUAAUUCUCACAACUUCCAGGAAAUGAUCGAUGAAGCCGAUCGCGAUGGUGAUGGCGAAGUUAACGAGGAGGAAUUUUUGCGUAUAAUGAAAAAAACGAAUAUGUAUUAAUAUUGUAAAUUGUUUGGUGGAAUCCUGGGUAGCAAAAAGUGGCUUUGUUUUAAAGCUUUUCUGUACAUAUCACUUCAUAAGUUUAUGUAUAUACGCAAUUCGUUCCUUCUUUUGCCAAAUUUACCGUGUUCGCCACGCCUCCGUCGGUUAUCUACAUCAUAAGAACCGUUCCCAAUCGUUUUGUAGCUCGUUCGACAUUUCCUCCCCAUCGUAAGUUUUGACUUUUUAGAAAGCUUACUAAAUGCCGCGAAAUCAGCUUACGCUCACUUGGAAAUCGUCUCAUGAUUCCAACUGUCGUUUACUUCUCAAAUUGUAGAAGAUCUGCGAGACCCGGAUCUUGCGGGUUUUCAAUAUUGUCAGAUUUACCCUUCCGGCGCCCUCAUUUAGCAGUGCUUUGAUUCAGAUCCCUAAGCAGUGGUGUGCAUAUUAGGCUGGUCUCUGGUCGAUAAAAGCAAAAAUGAUGACGUUAGUCAUCGAAGUAUAUCCCUACACCAAAUAUGUUGACGUUUCCGUGCGCCUUUGCAUACACAAUUUCAGCUACGGGACCUCGCAUGUCUGAACAAGUUUGUCCCCAGAGACCUACUCGUUCCAGCCGACCGCACUUCAUAACUUAAAGUAUCAUUUUUUCGUGUCAGAUCGGGAGGUGAGGCAUCUUGUCCCGACACUUAGUGACAAUUAAGUCGUUUGUUUGUGGCUCAACUAGAGCGCUCUCUCAAUGGUUUACUCUAAAGUUACGCCAUCUUCAAUUGGGGACUGUAAUUGCACUCCGUACGGCCUAUUUACAGUAUCUCUUGCGCUUUAAAUUCUUCAAGGAAUUAAUCAGCUGGGUAUGACAUCUUGGAUUUCGUGGACACUAUAUCGGCGGUACACUUGCUUGUUGAAUAACUGACGUGGUGCGCAUUCCGAGGUGAUAUAGUAAAAAAAGAGAAGGCUCUUCAGAAAGUCGAGUUGUACUCGUGAAUUUCCAAGUUGGCGACACCAACCCGUCGUCAGACGAAAUAAACAGCGGAGAAAGUAAGAUCAGCAGACUAGGUCGGUUGGCGUGACUGGGUUGGUGUCACCAAUUUGGAAAUUCACAAGUACAACUCGAUUUUCCGAAGAGUCGUCUCUUUUUUCAUUACACUUAUAUGUGUUUGAUUUAACUUCCAAGAUAUAUGUGGAAGACCUGCUAAGAAACCCAUGCUGAGACGACCAGCCGGUAUCUAGUGGCCUUCAAAGAUGAUAACGCCUAGAAUUUUAAAAGCCAAAGUGCUGCUUGUGAUUUCGAGACGUAUUUUAUUUAAGUGAACAGGCUUUUGGAAUGGCAAAUCUUCUCCGUUCUGGUUUUAUGUGUCGAAAGUUAGCUAGUCCUCUCCUCCAGACGGAACUUGCCAACAUGGGCGCAACAUUAAAUUGCCUAACUUUUACCAGUUUGGCCAACAAUUGAACUUUGCACGAAGUAGAUGAAUUCAACAAACGGGAGUCUUCCUUUUUUCUGUUAACUAUAGACCUUUCUUAUUGUCUGUUGGCUGGAGGCUCAGUGUUGUAUCGCCCAAUGUCAGGUAGGGCUCGAGGUAAGCUAGGGAAGGAAUUUCGAAAAUAAAUUCCUAAGUGGUUCUUAAGGAUAUCAAAGGGUACCAAAUAACCCGCCCUAACCCUUGGCGCAUGUUGUACUUCUUGCCGGAUUUUUGGGGUAUUCCGAGGGCCUUCUGUGACUCGCACUCGUUUCUUUAGCGAAUUUCACUGGUGUUGCCGUCGAAACUGGCAGCGAGGUAGAAGUAAGUUAAUCUUGUGCUGGCUUUUUGCCAGUAAGUGUCGGGCUAGUCGAGAUUCGCACACGUCACAAAUCCCUGUUCGUUUCACUAGUCACGAAACGGCUCUUAAAUUCUGUUUGCUUUCAGGUCAAUAUACAAGGGAGAUGACCCACAUAGCCACCGAUGUGGUAGGAGGAUAUGUCUGCCAAAUGCUGCAUUGAAGACUACCAAUUUCGGUGAAAAAGGCAUCAGGCACGGCGAAGCAGGUGUUGGAGUCCUGUUCCGUCACGAACUUUUUUUCUACUUGGUACGGCUGCUAUCAUGCCCGAUCUAGCCGGCCUCGAUGAUGUCCCGAACUGUCUCUCCACACCUGACGAUCCGCGGCGGCAGACCUAGAUGUUUCAACCCAUUCUCCUCGCCAAUGACGGAGACCGAAUACCGAAGGUCCGAAAACCACCUCUAUAUCUUGACGGACUGUGUCAAGGGAGACUGAGUUGUCCCCCUUUUCGACGCCACCAAUGGGCUAACGGUGACGGAUUGAGGGCAGUAACGCUGAGCUCCUUAGAUGGACGACGAAGAACAUGCCCAAACCACCUUAUCUUAGAUGGCCUAGGUUAUCCUUGCGAUGCUGUUGCAGCGAGUGCGGACCGUCUCAUCUAAGAGGAAGUCAAUGUAGUUUACUCGCAGAAUGGUCCUCAAACAGUGGUGGCCAAAUGCCUCCAUUUUUUACUCUUCCUUCACGUGCACAGCCCAGCAUUCACAACCAUAGAGAAGGGCAGGUUGAACAGAUGCACGGUACACGCGAAUCUUAGUGGCGGUGGAGAUGUCGCGUCGAAUUCAUAGGCUUUUCCUUAGGCUCGAGAAAACCGGUCGGGCAGCAUCAAUUCGGGAGACAAUGUCGUCCUUACUCUGUCUAUUCAGCAGCAGCCUCGCCCGAGAUAUUUAGAACUGCCUACUUCUUCAAGUUGGCAGCCAUCAAUCCCGAGAGGGACCUUCUCCUGGUCAGGGAUGCAGCUUGA